GUCGGGGAAGAUGCGACGCGGCCAACGCUUGAUCGAUUGAUUGAGUUGAGAUCGCCGGAUCAAAUCAAGGAGGCGUGCUCGCCCAAAGUCGAAGCAAAACUGCAAAAGCAACAGGAGCCACCGCAGCACAGCACUAGUCCGCCCGCCCCCUCUUUGCUACGGCACUACUACCAGUCCACCACCACAACACCACCAUGGCUGCCCGACCGGAGAUCCCCCGCCGCGGCCUCUUCAUCGGCGGCGGGUGGCGCGAGCCGACCCUGGGCCGCCGCAUCCCCGUCAUCAACCCGGCCACCGAGGACACCAUCGGUGACAUCCCGGCGGCCACGGCGGAGGACGUCGAGCUCGCCGUCGCGGCGGCGCGGGACGCGUUCUCGCGCGACGGCGGGAGCAGCUGGUCGCGCGCUUCCGGGGCGGCGAGGGCCAAGUAUAUGAACGCCAUCGCCGCUAAGAUUAAAGAUAAGAUAUCAUUUCUGGCAUUGCUGGAGACACUUGAUUCCGGAAAGCCCAAGGAUGAAGCAAUUGCGGACAUGGAGGAUGUUGCUGCAUGCUUUGAGUACUAUGCUGGUCUGGCAGAAGCCUUAGACGCGAAACAACAUGCACCAAUAUCUCUGCCCAUGGAAAAUUUCAAGUCCUAUGUUCUUAAAGAACCCAUCGGGGUUGUCGGACUUAUCACACCCUGGAAUUAUCCUCUAUUGAUGGCUACUUGGAAGGUUGCACCUGCCCUGGCUGCUGGGUGUACAGCUGUUUUAAAGCCAUCUGAGUUGGCUUCUCUAACUUGUUUAGAACUUGGCGCAAUAUGUGAAGAAAUAGGACUACCUUCAGGAGUCCUGAACAUAAUUACUGGUAUGGGCCCUGAUGCGGGUGCUCCAAUAGCUUCACAUCCCCAUGUGGAUAAGAUUGCUUUUACUGGAAGUACCGAAACUGGUAAGAGGAUAAUGACUGCUGCUGCCCAAAUGGUUAAGCCUGUUUCACUGGAGCUGGGUGGCAAAAGUCCUCUUAUUAUCUUUGAUGAUGUUGCUGACAUUGACAAAGCUGUUGAAUGGGCCAUGUUUGGCUGUUUUGUGAAUGGUGGUCAAGUUUGCAGUGCAACUUCUCGUUUACUUCUCCAUGAGAAAAUUGCAGAACGAUUUUUAGACAGACUGGUUGAAUGGGCAAAGAAUAUAAAAAUCUCAGAUCCACUUGAAGAAGGUUGCAGGCUAGGGUCAGUUGUCAGUGAAGGGCAGUAUGAAAAGAUUAAGAAGUUCAUCUCAACAGCAAGAAGUGAAGGUGGCACAAUUUUGUAUGGCGGUGACCGACCUAAGCAUCUCAGAAGAGGGUUCUUUAUCGAACCUACAAUUAUAACUGAUGUUAGCACAUCAAUGCAAAUUUGGCGAGAGGAAGUCUUUGGACCAGUCAUCUGUGUUAAAGUAUUUAGGACAGAGAGUGAAGCUGUAGAACUUGCGAAUGAUACUCACUAUGGUUUGGCUGGUGGUGUGAUUUCUGAUGAUCUGGAGAGGUGUGAGCGCAUUGCAAAGGUUAUUAACUCGGGAAUUGUUUGGAUAAAUUGCUCGCAACCAACUUUGGUUCAAGCUCCAUGGGGAGGGAACAAGCGGAGCGGUUUUGGUCGAGAGCUAGGAGAAUGGGGCCUCGAGAACUACUUGAGCGUGAAGCAAGUCACCAAGUACUGCUCAGAUGAGAAAUACGGAUGGUAUCUGUCUCCAUCUAAGCUGUAGAUGACUAAGAUGAACCACUCAUGUCAGGAGAAUGGAGCCAUCAAAUUCUGAAAACGAGAUACAUCAGUGAGCACGGACUGAAUCUUCUGUACAUUGCUCUCAUAAUAAGCCAUUACAUGGCGAACGUGCUUACGAAUUACGAUAGUGUGCCAUCAAGCCUGUGACAGAUGUAUUUGCCAAAAUAUUGCUGAAGUGCUAGGACGUUAGGGCAAAGUCCAGCAGUUUCCCUAAAAUGUCUUCCUAUAUAUAUAUAUAUAUAUCUCAAAAUAGGUGAUUCCCCUAAAAAAUUUCUCCUCUAAAAA